AUGGCAAAUUCCUCCACCGCGCCUACAGCGCGAUUGAGCAAGUCCUUCACCUCCUCCUACGCAUCUCCCACCGCCUCGGCCCACAACCAUGUCCCUACGACUCGAUCUGUGAACCCGACAGCGACGGCGACGACGACACCCUCCGCAACGACCUCGACCGCGAUUCCCAAUAAUAAUAAUACAUCUUCCUCCUCCUCCUCGAAUACCCCCUCCACCCGUCCCCGUCAACAGACGCAGAGCUACCUACCCUCCUCGAUAUUAGCCCCUCGCGUCGCCAUAGCCCUUAAUAUCCCCAAAUCAUGGCACUUUCUCCUCUUUGCGAGCCGACUGCUGUCCAUUACCCCGGCUCUAGCUUGGGGCUGGCCGUCGGCGCUUCUUCUCCUUGAUGGAGUGAUAUCUAGAUUUCUCGAGGGCAGACAAUGGGGGUUUUCAGAGACGGCUUCGGCCUUGGCGUGUAUAUGGUGCUCCGCCGCUGGCUAUCUAUCUUUCUUCUUCACCGAUUGCCUCAUGUCGCGAUGGUUAAUCAACUACACCCCGCAAGCAACCAUCGUCCGCCUCCUCACCAUUAACGCCGUAAAUGCCUACGUCACAUCGAGCGCCCUCUCGCUCAUAGGCGGGUUCCGCGAUAGUCGUCUCCUCCUUCCAGGUUGGAUAGGCAUCGCAACGAUGCUUACAAUCUGCUACCACAUAACACAUCAACAAAUAACUAUACGGAAAGAGACAUCCACCUCCAUAAACGUCUUCUCCAUCGCCAGCUUCCUCUCCAUGGUCGCCCUCCUCGCCCUUCUCUACUCACAGCAACACCACCCAGACUUCCCCGAAAUACCCCUCCUCGCCAUAACUCGCCGGGUGGUGAAGGACUUGAGGAAGGCGGCAAGGAGAACGACUAUGGCCGUGGACGUCGAGCCCGAUGAGUUGUAA